AUGCGCCUACUCGUUGCGUUCGAAGAACAUAAUCGAGUAAUCGACCUGCAAGAGAAGUGUGCCGAGAGUGAACUGAGGCAAGCAAUACGUGAAAAGUUUCCGGAUGUUGACAUUAACUCUACAUUGAUUCAGGUGUUUGACAAGGACUUCGAAGCCUAUGUGGACUACGACUGCGGAGCAGUUCUAGAAGAUAAAGGAAAAAUCCUGUUGGUUCAAAAGAGAAAUCCCCCUGGGAUUGAAGCAGAACCAUCUAGUGUUGUGGUUUCAAACAAUGGCACAGAAGGGGUGCAAACUGUGCGGUCGGAGUUGGAGUUUGUCCUUCCAGACUUCCCAUUAGACAUUGUUCUUUCAUUGAAAGCCCAGAAAGACAAGGCCUGCCUGACAAAUACACUCAGAAAAAGAAUAAUCCAAUGGAUAUAUCACCUUUUAUGCGAGUACAGUCUUUAUCCUGGAAGGCUCUACGCUGAGGCAGCACGGCAGCUCAUCCUCAAGCAUCCCGACCUUCGGGACAGCAUUGGUACAGGAUAUGACUCCUGGCACCGUUCACUUCGUUUUAAAGCGAAGUAUGAGCGGCGGAAGCUGCAAGGACUUGGGAUUCUUCCCAACAACGGAGCAACGAGCUCCAAGGGGACUACAGCUGUGGCUGAUGUUUCCGACCCUCGCCGUUGCUACAGGACACCGGUGUGUGCACAGUUUGGAGCAUUGGACGUGUCAGAGGAUCGACAUAGCGUCGCUGGCCACGUGAACACCAUGAAAAGAGAGUUGAAGAAACAGGUCCCUGACAAGGAAAUUGUAAACGACGCCAUGGGAAGGACAUUCCAAGCAAGGAGAGAGCUUGUCAUCUCGGCCGCCUCAAUCUCUGACAUCUUGGAGGAUUAUCCGGCCCUUAAGCUCAAACAGCAGAUUUUUUAUGAGUUUGAACGGAUCACAAGCAUCAAUCUGAAGCAACGUUUCUUUGAGAUGGCCUCCGAAAACCUGACAGCAGUUCUUGAACUAACGGAGAACAAGCCAAAGCCAGAUAUUUUUUACAAGACUCUUGAACGGAUGGAUGUUGUUGAGGAAUCCGGGAAACAAGAUUGGUGA